CUAAAUGCAUCUCUAGCAGAGGGAGCCUUCGUUGGAACAAUGGAGGAAGGACCAUCCGACGGUCACACUGUUUUGGGCCCUGGAGAUGCUUACACCAACAGCUCAGCCGCACCUGCGGAUACCACUAGCAGAGGCUCGCCGCAUGUUUCAAAGCUCCAGAAGCUUCUUUAUCGGAGAAUGCUCGUUGGGGUGAUCGACGGGCGCUAUUUCCUCGGCUUGUUUCACUGCAUCGACAAGCAAGGGAACAUAAUCCUUCAGGACGCGGUGGAGUACCGCAGCGCGCGCCAUUCUUCUUCGUCCCCAAUGGAACAGCGGUGCCUCGGGCUCAUCCUGAUUCCAGCGGCCUGCCGUUCGUCCUGCCAUGUUGAUUGCUUUAUUGAAGAGCAGAUGUCCCUGUUGUCCUUGGACAAGUGAAUGAUGCUUUUGUUUUUUUAUUAGUGCUUUUUUUU